AUGACCCUUAAAAGCUUCCUAGUUUACUAUUACCCUACGCUGGGAUUCAAUCCCAGUUCGGAGACGAUACUUUUGUCCGAAUUGACCACAGCCCUGGAGCGUCAUUUGGUUUCCGGAGAAACGGACGGUUCAACUCAUCUGGCUGCUAUCCUCACAGUGCUGAAUGAAUGGCGUCAAGCGAGAUCCACUAUAGCCGGUCUUGUAAAAGAAAAGGAUCGACUUAUGCGCGAAUUGCAACAGCUAAAUGAGAAUACAGUUGCAGAACAGUCCACCACGUACAUUGCUUUGGAAGGCAAAUACCGGCGUGAAAUGGAGGCACUUCAACAGGAACAGGCCGAACAAUACAAGCUCAUGCGAGCGCAUUACACGAAGAAGUUGGAAACUCAAAGACAAAAUUUAGCAGAGCAGCUCCAGUUGAAUCAAUCUCUACACAAAGAAAUUCAACAGAAAUCUCAGGAACAUGAUGAAUUACGUCAACAACUCGAAAAUUCCAAAAAUCAAUUGCUUUUGACACAAUCUGUAAUCCACCAGACUCAAGAAGACCUGGCCUCAGCAAGUCAAACAAACGAAAAGGUGGAAUACGAACGCUUUAUGGAUUGCAAAACGCAACUGGAUGAACUGAUCGCUCGCAUCCGCGAACUGCCGAUCCCCGAUGAUCCGUCACAGGUAAUUAUUUUUUGUUCGGGAUCAAGGUUUAAGUGCGUGUUUUGUAUGGAGUAA